UUUGAUGGUUUUGUUUAAUAUAUGUAACUCAAUCCUUUUCCGGUUGGAUCGCAUUGCACAUUUCACCGAUUUGCGAACUCUUUUUGGCGAUUUACUGCACAUUUCACCUUCAAAAAUUUAAAUCGCUCUGUAAAUCCUAAAAUUACCCAUCCCUUUUUGGCGAUUUUCUUCUUGCUGCUUCAGUUCCUCGUCGCCACGUUUUGCAUCCGAAAUUCAGUACUCUGUUUACGGCGUCAAUGGCGGGCUCUCGUCUUAAAUACAUGCUUCUUGUACUGGUGACGGUGGUAGUUAUACAUGUUGGAAUAGCGGGAAUAAGUGGAUUUGCUAGUUACCAGGGGAGAUCUGAGGCAGUGUUCCAGUCAAGUGUGGAUAUUAAAGAAACCGUAGAUGUUCAGAUAAAAAAUGACACUGGAUGGGAAAAGCUAGAAGUCAUCGUUGACCGGAUACGCUCUGAUAGGAUGCGUGGUAUAAAACAGAAGGAUGAUAAUAUUUUCCACUUGUGGAAACGCUACAAGAGGUCAUCAAGAUCGAAACCUGCUGAAAUUGUCAAAGAAAUAGAAGAGGCGGUGAGAUAUAUGACAAAUGUGGAUAGUAGCAUAAACACAAUUGGAUUGCUUCUUUUUGGACCACAAAAGGGUCGUUCUAUCCUUCAUUCAGUUAGAGAUCCUAGGGUACCUGUAGUGGAUGACUGGAAAUGUUUGAGAUCUGUGGUUUACUGGUUUGAGAAGCAUUGUUAUUUGCUAACCGAAUAUGGCAUGGAUCACAUUCUAGCUUUGGCAAGCAUCUGCAAUUACAUGCAUAAUGGGGCAGCAAUCGAGGAAGCGUUUAUUGUUACAUGUAACGUAAAGAACAUUAAACCACAUGGCAUGAAAAAUCGAAGUCUAGAAGAAUGAAAUUUGAGAUGGUCAUCUAAUAUUUGUAUAAAGUUAGUCUAGGUUUUCAAGAUUUGAAUAAGAUUUUUUGAAAUGCUAAAACAAAUUGUUAGGAAUCUUUUUCUAAAACAAUGUCCUAAUACCCUAGGUUCUCAGAUACGUGUACAUAAAGUCUUAUUUUCUUUAAGACUAUAUUGAAAUAA